AUGACAACACGUACUGGUUCUAAACAAGGACGCCAAGCAGCUAAAUCAAAUUUAAAAGCACUUGGAAAAGAUCAAGGAAAAAGUGAAAAACAACCAACAAAUGUAUUAGAAAUCGUUCCAGGAAAAUUUAAUGAAACCGAUUGGUUAUCAUUAUUAGAAAAUGAUGAUACUGAAGAUUUUAUUGCUGAUAUAUUUGAAAACAUAUGGACAGAAACGUCGAAACAAAUUCAACAAAUAUAUAUUCGAAAACAACUAUUACCAUUUACAUUAAUGAUGACAGAAAAUGCUUUAUCUAAUGUUAUUCAGUGGGCAUUUCUAGAAAGAGAUGAACCGAUACCGGCUUCUGGUAACUUUUGGACAGAAGAUUCAGAACCUAUACCAUGUACAAUGGAUAGUUGGGGUGAAGGUGUUGUACCUGCAUGUCGAGAAGAACGUCCUCAAAGUGUUGAAGAAUCACCUGUAUCAAUUGAUGAACGUCCAUCAACAGCUCCUCUCAAUAUUCCAACAUCUGAAAAUAUUAACCGAAUUUCACGUCCUUCGACAGGAUCAUCAAUAACUAGUACAAUGCAUACAACUCGUUCGAAUACUCAAGGAAAAAGACUUGCAAAACUCGAUAAAUCUAAUGAUAUUCAUCAGCAAAUUAAACGGCAACAAUUACUUGAAACUACAAGUGACAAUCGUACAUCAAGUGAAAAAGAAUUUUUAAAUGAACAAAAUAUUAGUCGAACAUCUUUUUCACAAAAACCUUAUUAUCAUGAUGUACUUGUUAUUCAUACACAACCACCAAAACUUGAACCAUUAUCUGAUCUAUUCUAUCCAUCACAACGGGAUACCAAUAGUUCAUAUUUUGAUUCUAGUCCAGCAGUAGUAACUAAAAAACCUCGACAUAUAAUUGCACCAAAAGCAUCGUCUCAACUUGGUUCUGAUGCAUUAGCAUCAAUAACAAAUGUAAGUGCUACAACAACUACAAAAAGUUUUAAAAAACCAACUGAAUCAAAAGUAUUUGAUGACCAAGAAGUUGAAGGAGCUAUUUCAAAAGCUCCUAUGGCGACACAUUCAAUGCUUAAAAGUAUUCUCAGUCGACCACCUGGAUAUCGAGAACUUGAACUUGAUGAUGAUGGUAAUGUUAUUGCGAUUGCUAAACUUGAUCCAGAUAAAAUUGCAUCGAGAAGUAUUCGUGUUAAAUGCGAUAUAAUUAAAUCACGGAAAUCUACAAUUGAAACUCGUCCACCACCAGCUAAACAAUCAAAACAAAUAAAAUCUAAUCGACCUGAGAAAAAAUUUACAUCGGUUAAACUUGUACUUCCAGAACAAUCAACUGAUGUUGGUGAUCUUAUUCAACCAGUUCCUGGUGUUCUUUAUGAAGAUGCUCGAAUGAAAAAAGGUGAUCCUCGAAGAUAUCAAACUGGCAUGUCAAAAUAUACGAAUUUCUAUGAUGAAAGCCGUCCAUUGAGACCUAUUGUUCAACGAGGCGAUUUAACUAUACUAAAAGUAGCAAAUGAUUUAUUAAAUCAAUCAAAAGAUGAUGAUAAUGAUGAUGAGCUACAAAUUCCACAAUUCCACAGACUUGCUCGAAUACCACCUAUUAUGUCUGGAUCAAGUACAACAUCAGCAUAA